AUGGCCACUGCAACAGGCCGAGAUACUGGCAGCGCCAAAUCUCGCAAGCGUGCCUCUGAAGAUUCCGACAGCUUCCCCAAGCGGCCCAAGCUGGAGGCCAAGACAGACCUCACACGAUGGAGAGUCAAGGACGACGACAGCCGCCAUACGUGGCAUUAUCUGGCCGACGACAAGGCAGCUGCAGAGUGGCCGCAGAGUUAUGCCGAGAAAUGGUUUCUAAACUUGCCCACGGAUCUGCCUGCACUCCCAAAGGCCGAGACGCCGCUCGAAGCUGCUAAAAAUGGCCUCACCUUCUUUGAAAAGCUUCAAAUGCCCUCUGGCCACUGGGCCUGCGAGUACGGCGGCCCCAUGUUCCUCCUCAGCGGUGUUGUCAUCGCUUGGUAUGUCACCAAGACACCAAUUUCCGACGCCUACGCGACCGAGAUCAAGAACUACCUCACCGCACGAGCGCAUCCCGAAGACGGUGGCUGGGGUCUACAUAUCGAGGGUGAAAGCACAGUCUUUGGCACCGCCAUGAACUAUGUUGUCCUCCGCAUUGUUGGUGUCGACCCCGAGGACCCUGUCAUGGUCAAAGCCAGGGGAACUCUGCACAAGCUGGGCGGCGCACUCAACUCCCCUCACUGGGGCAAGUUUUGGCUCGCAGUGCUGGGUGUGGUGGACUGGGAUAUCGUGAACCCUGUGCCCCCAGAGAUCUGGCUGCUCCCUGAUUGGGUCCCGAUUGCUCCCUGGAGAUGGUGGAUCCAUAUCCGACAAGUGUUUUUGCCCAUGGGAUACUUGUAUUCCAAGAGAUGGAGCUGCGAAGAGACGGACAUCACUCGGGCGUUGAAGCAAGAGUUGUUUGUGCAGCCUCACGCCGAGAUCAACUGGGCUACUCACCGAAACGACAUUUCUGCCAUUGACAAUUACCAUCCCAAGUCAUGGCUGCUCAACACGAUCAAUUGGGUUCUAGUCAAUGUCUACAACCCCUACCUCCGCUUCAAUUUUCUCAAAGAGAGGGGAGAGAAAUGGGUGGGCGAGCUUGUCGACAUGGAAGAUGCAAACACUGAGUAUUCGUGCUUGGCGCCGGUGAACGCCCCGAUGAAUACGCUCGUAUGCUACAUCCGUGACGGCCCUGACGCAUACAGCACCAAGAGGCAUAUUGAGAGGCUAGAAGAGUACUUGUGGGUAAAAGACGAGGGACUGCUGUGCAAUGGCACAAACGGCGUCCAGUGCUGGGAUACCUCCUUUGCCAUCCUGUCGGUGGUCGAGUCCGGGCUGCACACAGAUGAACGCUGGAAACCCAUGCUGAUCAAGGGCCUCGAGUACCUGGACAGACACCAAAUCAGAGAGAACUGCAAAGACCAAGAAAAGUGCUAUCGACAGCCCCGAAAGGGUGCCUGGCCGUUUAGCAACAGAGACCAGGGCUACGGCGUGAGCGAUUGCACUUCCGAGGCUCUCAAGGCCGUCAUCUUGCUGCAGAAAACGGAGGGAUAUCCGCAACUGGUAGACGACCAGCGAAUCUUUGAUUCCGUGGACACGCUACUGCUGUACCAGAACGACAACGGAGCCGUCUCAUCCUACGAGGCUAGAAGAGGUGAUGAGCUGCUGGAGCUGCUGAACGCAGCUGAAGUGUUUGGCAGGAUCAUGAUUGAAUAUGACUACCCUGAAUGCACGACUGCCUGCGUCCAGGCCUUGUCUCUCUUCCACAAGCACUGGCCCGACUACCGAACCAAGGAUGUAAAGCUGUUCAUCAGGAGGGCCACCAACUGGAUCAGGACCAACCAGAAGUACGAUGGCAGUUGGUAUGGGAGCUGGGGCAUAUGCUUUACUUAUGCCUCCAUGUUUGCGCUCCAGAGCAUGAAGGCGGUUGGAGAGACGUACUCUAACAGCCAGAUCUCCCGCGCAGGCUGCGAUUUUCUCAUUUCCAAGCAGCGCGAGGAUGGUGGCUGGUCUGAAAGUUACCGGGCGUGUGAAACCAUGAAAUAUUCCGAACACGAGUCAGGGUCCCUUGUAGUGCAAACAGCCUGGGCACUCAUCGGGCUCCUGGUGGCAGAAUAUCCGGACGUGGAGCCGAUCAAGAAGGGUAUUCGCUUGAUUGCGAGCCGCCAACAGGCCAACGGCGAGUGGCUGCAGGAGGCCAUUGAGGGCGUGUUUAACAAGUCUUGCAUGAUUUCGUAUCCCAACUACAAGUUUACUUUUACCAUCAAGGCGUUGGGGAUGUUUGCAAAGAGAUACCCUGAUGAGAAGUUGUAA